UUUUUAUUUUCCUUCUCAUUUUUGCCUCAUUAUUAAAUGUUUUUGUAGCUAAUAUUUUUCUUCUUCGUUUUUUAAUUUUAUUCUUUUUUAUUUUUGUUGAUUCUUCAUCAUUUUCAAAAGAUUCUUCUGGAUAUUCCAAUUCUUCUUUAAUUUUUUUAUUUUUAGAAUUUUAAAUUUUUAUUAAAAAAAAGCCCCUUUUUAACAUUUAAACCGUGUUUUGAGGGGUUUAAGUCUUUUAAAUAAAAAUUUAAAGACAGCUGUUACGAUGGCUCAAUCGGUAAGGGUCUUGAUUUAGUGGACAAAGAAAGGGGUUAGGCCAUGGGUUCGAUUCCGGUUGCGGGUAAACUUUUUUUCAAAUUAUUUUAAAGUGAUUUUUAAACAGAAGAUUUUAUUCUGAUGUUUUUUUCUUUUCUAAUUUUUUUCUAUUUAUUUAAAAAAUAUUACUGUAUCUCCUCUACCUUGUUGAUUAUCAUUUCUUUUCUCAACUUUGACAGGUUCCGUUGCAUUGCUUAUUUUUGUUUCGUUUUCUCCUAAAGUCGUCGUAACUGUUGUAAUUAUUGUUGUUGUGUUUUGUUGUUGCUCUUUUAUUUCUUCUAUUGUUGUUGUGCUUAUUGUUGUGGAUUCUGUUGUUGUUGUAUUCCCUCCUUCACUUUUAUUUUCAGUUGGUGGUAGUUCACUACUUGAAGAAGAAAUCGUUGUUUCUUUAAUUUUUUGUGUUGUACUAGUAGUUGUAUUUUCUCCUUUUUCUUCUACCCCAGCUAAUGGAUUAUCUAAUUUAUAAAUUUUUUAUUUUGUGAAGGAGGAAUCGGUCAACUUUUAUGGCUUGGGACUUUAAAUUAACAUUGCUAAUACUCACACUUUAUUAGUAAGCCCAGGGUAUCCCUUUCCAAAUCACCAAAAAAAUUUCAAAUAAAAAUCUAUUCAGCAUAUUCAUCACUGGCCUUAACUAAAUUAAGCAAAUCAGGGUCAGGUCACAAAUAAAGAGCUCAGCUCAUAUCUGUAUAUUUUACAGAGAUUGGAAGACAUUACAGAGAUUGGAAGAGACCAGAAGACAGAUUUAUUCCUUUUUCAACGCCGUUGUCGAAAAUUUUGAGAACUGUCAAAAAAUGGGCAAAAAAGUGGCCACGUAGGAAAAGGGGCGAGAAGGUCAAAAAGGGGAAAAUGCCCCUAAAAGGAGGUAAAAGGGAGAGUAAAGAAAAAAUAGGGGGGGGGGGGCAGGCCUCUUUAACUAAUUAAAAAAAACAAACUUCCAAUAAUAUAAACUGUUGGAGGUAUUUGAAUAUUAGAUGAUAUUUGAGGUGGAAAUUGUGGAAUAAUAGCUGCUGUUCCUCCUCCUCCUCCAAUCGGAUAAUAACUUCCUAUAUUUAAUUUAUCAAUUAAAUUAUUGUAAGGUUGUUGUUGUUGUUGUUGAUUAUUUAAAUUACUUGUAGUAUACCCAACAUUAUUUUCAUAGGGUAGUUGUCGUUGUGGAUUUAUUAAAUAGUAUAUAGGUAGGGAUGAUGGAUUUGGUGGUUGUUUUGAGGAGGAUAAUGGACAUCCAUUUAAUAAAUAAUAGAAAUUGUUAUUUGUUGUUGAACUUUGUGAACAACAAGAAUUUGAAGAAGUAAUGGCAACAUUAUUGUUAUUGUUAUUACAACAAGAAGAAGAACAUUGUCUUAAAAAUGAGGAUUUUGUGAAGUAUUUUGAUUUUCUCGUUUUUGUUUUUCAAUUCCGCCGACCCGUCCUUUUGUUUUCCAAGGUUUAAUCUUCCGUUUUAGGCACCCUCUAUUUUAUUUUUCAGUCUCUAUUUAUGGAUUGCUGGUUAUUUUUUACUUUAUUUAUAUCACUUUAUUUGGGUACACCCCGAUAUACCGCGAGCCCAAUGUGCUGCCGAGCUAUAACUUCGUUAAAAUUAUCGAAUCCGAGACGCUGUGGUAUGGUUAGAUUCAGCUCGUCGAGAUUCAACGAACCAUACCACGGCGUCUCGGAUUUGAUAAUUUUAAACGAAGUUAUAACUCGGCAGUACAUUGGCCUGCUCCCCUUGUUAUUUUUAUCUAACAGCAUUUAA